GGGGCGGAAAGCCGGUGGGACCGGACGGCGGACGCGUGGGAAGGCAAGGGCUAAACCAGCUGCCCUCUGACCUUGGAAACAGCCAACCCCUGCCAUCCAACAGCAGGGCUGGAUUUGCUGAAAAUGGAGGGAAGGCAAGCCAGAAGCGGAAGAGAAUUGAUAUGCUGCCAGACAGCAUCCAGACUCUGAGUCUUGACUCUUCCCCAGUGGAGUUGGGCAUGUCUGAUCCAACAGCAUGGACCACUGCAAUGAAUAAUUUAGGAAUGGCUCCAAUGGGAAUGACAGCGGAUCCUCCUUUACCUAACUUUGACCCUGCCCUUGGAAUGAUGACAGGGAUCCCGCCAAUUAAUCCAUUGAUGCCUGGUUUGGGAAUAGUGCCACCACCAAUCCUGUCAGAUAUGCCGGUGGCCAAGGAGAUCAUUCACUGCAAAAGCUGCACACUCUUUCCACCUAAUCCAAAUCUUCCUCCUCCCACAACAAGGGAAAGACCUCCUGGAUGUAAGACAGUGUUUGUUGGAGGACUGCCAGAAAAUGGGACAGAAGAGACCAUUGUAGAGAUUUUUGAGAAGUGUGGAGAGAUUGUAGCUCUUCGGAAGAGUAAAAAGCAUUUUUGCCAUAUCCGUUUUGCUGAGGAGUAUAUGGUGGAUAAAGCAGUUUACCUGUCUGGUUAUCGUAUCCGGCUGGGUUCCAGCACCGACAAAAAGGAUACGGGGCGCCUUCACGUGGAUUUUGCUGAAGCCCGGGAUGAUCUCUAUGAAUGGGAAUGCAAGCAGCGGAUGCUGGCCAGAGAAGAACGCCAUCGCAGAAGGAAGACAGAAGAACGGUUCCACCCACCCUCCCCGCCUCCCGUGGUUAACUAUUCAGAUUAUGAGUGCAGUCUAGUGGUCGAGAAGCUAAAAGUUGAUGCCAAGUUUUUGGAAGCAGUUCAGACGUUGCUGGCCUGGUUAGAGAGGGGGGAAGUGAACCGGCGGACGGCCAACAGCUUCUACACCAUGAUCCAGUCAGUUAACAGCCACAUCCGCCGGCUGAUGAAUGAAAAAGCGGUCCAUGACAAGGAAAUGGAGGAAGCAAAGGAGAAAUUCAAACUUGCGUUGUCGGGGAUUCUUGCUCAGUUCGAGCAGAUCGUGGCCGUGUACCAUUCUGCCUGCAAACAAAAGGCGUGGGACCAUUUCACGAAAGCGCAGCGUAAGAACAUCAGCGUGUGGUGCAAGCAAGCCGAGGAACUCCGUAACCUUCACAAUGAUGAACUGAUGGACAUUCGACGAGAAGAGGAGAUGGAAAUGUCCGACGAUGAAACAGAGUCACCCGAGAUCAAAGAAACAGAAGAAUCAGCUUUAGUAUCACAAACAGAAGCUCUGAAGGAAGAAAACAACAGCUUACGGUGUCAGCUGGACGCCUACCGAAAUGAAAUAGAGCUCUUGAAGCAGGAGCAGGGCAAAGCAGAGCGAGAAGAUGACCCAAGCAAGGAUCAGCAGCUGAAAAUUCUCCAGCAGACUUUACAAGGAAUGCAGCAGCAUCUUCUGAAACUACAAGAUGAGUGUGAAAGAAGAGAAGCUGAGUUGGAAAAAGCAAAAGAAGAAAAAUUACAGCUCGACAAACUGCUUGAGAGACUGAAGGAAAAGCAAGAACUGGCAGCUGGACCUGACAGAGGGAAAGAUCCAGUAGAUCCUAAAGAUCACGGCAGCAACUUGUCACCCAUCUGCUCAAUGGGUCCAGAGAAGGAGAGCCUACGUGAAAGAGAACUUCACAGCAACCCUUUAAGAUUGGAGAGAGAAGCUUUAUUAGUGGGAAUAAUCUCAACUUUUCUGCAUGUUCACCCUUUUGGGGCAAGCAUCGAAUACAUCUGCUCCUACCUCCAGCGCCUGGAUAGUAAGAUUUGCGCUAGUGAAGUGGAAACCCUCAUGACACGACUCCAGCAUACUUUCAAACAAGAGAUGAACGGAGUUGGAGCGAGCCUAGAAAAGAGAUGGAAAUUCUGUGGCUUUGAAGGACUGAAGACUGUAACCUGAGCUUGAAGCCGGGAGCACUUUGAACACUAGCAGAAUGUGCAAUAUUUGUAGCAUACACAGAUAUGGAUUCUUCUUAGGAAAGCCAGUCCUUAAACUACGUCAAGAAAAUUGGGGGCCAGUUUUUAAGGACUGUAAGGUUCUGAUUGUCCUUUUGUUUGUUUGUUCAUUAAUAAAAUGAGACUUUUUGCAAAAGACUGUCAUGCACACUGUUGGGUUGAUACUAACCCUCUCUUUUGGAUCUUUGAUACUUUUUACAACUCCUGUUGGCUAAAAACAUUUUAAUAGUUUCUUUGAACAUGUUACACUCAGGCCUCUGUUAAAUGUUUUUACCAUUGAGAGCAGCUAAAAAAAUAAAAUAUUCAGUA